UCAGUGACCACGCUGCCAGCCCUCUGACAGGAGGUCCCAUCCACGCCCGGUGCCCCCGCGCGCUCUGCUGACGCAACCACGUCGCCUGUGGCUCAACGCGAUGGCGGACCGCACUGUCCCCAGACCUGCCCAGCGAGGGACGGAGCAAAGUCACUGACCGAGCCGCUCUCACCGGCUCCGUGACACCCGACCACCUGUUUCAAGCGACAAACCCCCAGGCGGAGAGGCUGCUGUCACCGCGGUCCCUCCCGUGAAGUAGUAUGUGGGACGGGAUCCGCUCGGAGCGCACGGACCGGGACGAGCCACGAGCCGAGUGAGCGGAGCGGAGUGAGCCGGGCUGACGCGCCGCGUGUGGAGCUGCAGCAAGUUGACUGACAUUCACACACACACAGAGAAAAAACAGAAAGUCGCGUCGACAGGGGACAGGAGCGGAGGAUUUUAACCCAGGUUCGAACAGGGGGACACCUGCUCCGGCAAAAUGAAGUUCGCGGAGCAUCUUUCCUCCCACAUCACUCCCGAGUGGAGGAAACAAUAUCUCCAGUAUGAGGCGUUCAAGGAAAUGCUGUAUGCUGCCCAGGACCAAGCUCCUUCCAUAGAAGUCACAGAUGAAGACACGGUGAAGAGGUACUACGCCAAGUUUGAGGAGAGGUUUUUCCAGAACUGCGAGAAGGAGCUGCUGAAAAUCAACACAUUCUAUUCAGAAAAGCUCGCUGAAGCCCAGAGGCGCUCUGCCACGCUGCAGAAUGAGCUCCAGUCGUCACUGGACGCUCAGCGCGAGAGCAACGCACCGCCCGGCCUCCGCAAGCGCAAGACCAUGUUCCACCUGUCGCAGGAGGAGCGCUGCAAACACCACAACAUCAGGGACCUGAAGUUAGCCUUCAGCGAGUUCUACCUCAGCCUCAUCCUGCUCCAGAACUACCAGAACCUGAACUUCACUGGUUUCCGUAAGAUCCUGAAGAAACAUGACAAGGUCCUGGACACUCCUCGCGGCGCAGACUGGCGCGUGGCUCAUGUGGAGGUGGCGCCUUUCUACACCUGCAAAAAGAUCACACAGCUCAUUUCUGAGACAGAGACUCUUGUCACCACAGAGCUGGAGGGAGGAGAUCGUCAGAGGGCCAUGAAGAGACUGAGAGUUCCUCCACUGGGGGCAGCUCAGCCUGCUUUGGCGUGGACAACCUUCCGUGUGGGGCUCUAUUGCGGCUUCUUCAUCAUUCUUGCCAUCGCCUUUAUUAUCACCGGUGCUGUGUUCAUCCGCUACGAGAACGUGUGGCCUCUGGUGCGGAUCUAUCGGGGCGGUUUCCUGUUGAUCCAGUUCCUCUUCCUGUUGGGCAUCAACACUUAUGGAUGGAGGCAGGCCGGAGUCAACCAUGUUCUCAUCUUCGAGAUCAAUCCCCGCAACAACCUGUCACACCAACACCUGUUUGAGAUCGCUGGCUUCAUGGGUGUGUUGUGGUGUCUCAGCAUCCUCUCCUGUCUCUACUCAGAGUACACCUACCUCCCCAUGCAGAUCAACCCUCUCAUCCUUUAUGGCUUCAUGCUGCUUUUCCUCAUCAACCCGUUCAAGACCGGCUACUACAAAUCACGUUUCUGGCUCCUCAAGCUGCUGUUCCGAGUGUUCACGGCGCCGUUUCACCGCGUGGAGUUUGCCGACUUCUGGCUGGCUGAUCAGCUGAACUCUCUGGUGUUUGUCCUGAUGGACCUGGAGUAUCUCGUCUGCUUCUACAUCUUUGAGCUGCAGUGGAGCAACAGCAAGGGUCUGCUGCCGAAAGAUCCUAAUGGCAACAUGUGCCACAGCUACUCGUACGGACUGCGUGCCAUCAUCCAGUGCCUGCCCGCCUGGUUCCGCUUCAUCCAGUGUCUGCGGCGCUACCGUGACACAAAGAGGGCCUUCCCUCACCUGGUGAAUGCUGGGAAAUAUUCGACCACCUUCUUCGUCGUCACCUUUGCCGCGCUCUACGCCACACACAGAGAACAAGGACACACAGACGCCGACAUGUUCUUCUACCUGCUGAUCGUCUUCUCCUCCAUCAGCUCCCUCUACACACUGAUCUGGGAUCUGAGAAUGGACUGGGGUCUGUUCGACCGCGGCGCCGGAGAGAACACCUUCCUCAGGGAGGAAAUCGUUUACCCCCAUAAGGCCUACUACUACUGUGCCAUCAUAGAAGACGUGAUCCUGCGGUUUGCCUGGACGAUCCAGAUCUCUCUGACCACGACGACUAAGAUCCACUCUGUGGGCGACAUCGUAGCCACCGUGCUCGCUCCCCUCGAGGUCUUCAGGCGUUUCGUGUGGAACUUCUUCCGUCUGGAGAACGAGCACCUGAACAACUGUGGUGAGUUCCGUGCGGUGAGGGACAUCUCAGUGGCGCCGCUCAACGCCGACGACCAGACGCUGCUGGAGCAGAUGAUGGACAACGAGGACGGCGUCCGGAACCGCUCGGGCAAGAAGACCUGGAAGAGGUCCUACAGCCUGUCCCUCCGACGCCCCCUACUGUCCUCCUCACUAUCUAAAAAGGACACAAAGGUGCUGAUCGAAGACACGGAUGAUGAGGCCUUCAGCUGAGCCCACAACGUCAACACACACACACAAACACGCUCACACACUCAGACAUAGUAUACUUAUACGGACCUCGUUCACUAACAUCCAACCUCAGCCCUCCUCUCUUAUAGUUCUCUCUAUGUGUAGUGACCCCGACCCUCCUCAGCUCAAACCUUUCAAAUCAGGACUCUCAGUUUACCUCAUCUCUAGGUGUUUGUGAGUACAUUUGGUCUUUAUAAGUAUAGGAACACACACUCUGUAAAGUAGAAACUCACACACACUUAUAUAAACCUGCUGAAGCACAAACACAGAGUAGUAUUGCUACAGUCGAGAGUAGAGCUGACGCCACAGGGACAGACAGGUGGACAGACAUCAUGCACGUAUCUAGACCACACUGCCCUGAGAUUAUUCUCUUCUUUUCUAAUGGACUUUUUAGUAUGUUGCUGUUGUCUCUUUAGGUUUUCCUCCAUUUAUUUUUUUUUUUCUCCUGGAUUUAAAAAAGGAGACCCUGCACACGUGAGGCUCCACACGACUGUUUACACGUCUUUCUAACGCCACUCGGAUCAGCAGGGAGAAGACGAGGCCGAUUGAAAGACUAAACAUGAAUCAGUAGAAAACCCGAGGAAGGACUCUACACACGUCGCGGAAUAUCAAAAAACAAAUCAACUGGUUUCCACUCGUUGAUUCUUUUUAUAUCCAUCUUCUUUCUUCUCUUUCUUUGCCGAGUUGUAGUAACGUCAGUGGACAAUCACAGUCCUUGCAGAGGCACUUGCAGGAAAAGUGCGUUUUAAUACACAAAGCAUGAUAAAAAUACUACUUGUACACAAAAGGGAUGUUUUUGACUCAAACAUUUCUUGUCUGUGAUGUUGCUUUGUAAAAAAUAUUUAAUAUAUUUGAUGUGCGUUGUUACUCUAUUACCGUUCUUCAGUCCUUCUACAUGUGUUGUUUAUACUAGUGAGACUAGUUUAAUGAUCCACACGAUGAUUGUUAAUGUAUUUUAUAACGUUUGGAAAUGUUUUUCUCUUGGUUAUACUUGUGCCAAAUUUUUAAUAAGCUCGUUGUCCGUCCUCGAUUUUAUGCCCAACUUCGAAUUAGAGCAAAAAUGACUCGUGAAUGGUCCCAGUGCUGGUUUCAGGUCACCUCAAAGUGCCCUGUGAGCUACCGUCUGUUGUGUGUGUAUUGAGAUUCUCUGCAUUAACUACCAAAGCUUUGUUUUUAAUGAAUGUGUCUGUGGCUCGAGGAGCUUUUUUUCUAUUUCACCUGCCUGAGUGGGUCAGAGGUAAGAGGCCCGGAGGCUUAUUUAAAAGAUUGCAGCUUUUCUCUUAUUCUCUUAAGGUGCAUGUGUUAUUGGGCCAUAUUAGCAGGUAGCCUCUGUUUCGUAGGUGCUCCCAGUAAUAUGAGUAGAACUAGAAUUGCACUCGGUAGAAAAGCAUACCUCCGCCAAGGUCCGGCAGUCCCCUGAUCAAACCACAUUUAAAUUCACUAGAUUCAGGUUUGGACACAUGACUGAUUUCUGUUAUCAAGAUUCACUAAUUAUCCUCUGGGAAAUCCACUAAAAUAAAAUAAAAAGAAAGAAAAAAAAAACCUGGAUCUGUCCCUUGUUGAGUAGUUUUUGCAUAGUCCUGCAAACUAAGAAGACAAAGUGACCUUGCUGGAGGUACUCACUAGUAUUACUCUCAAUGUUGGUGUAUAAUAGUGAUUUUAAGGCCCUUUAGGAAGAAAACGCUCAGUGUUGCCAGAUUGAACAGUUUCUACCCACUUUUUGUACAGUGUCAGUGGAUUUCCGCAAAUUAAUCGUUUCAUCAAACAUCUGAAAUGAAAAUCAAAGUACUUUGCUCCUUGGUGCUAAUCAGUCCCGGCAACACUGCAUGAGCUCAUCAAGCUCAUCUCCCUUAUAUCCAGUAAAUCUGUGGAAUCCCUGACACGCCUUGCAGCUCUUGUGUGGCUCUGGAAUCAGGGACCCAGAGUCUCACUUUUCACCACGCUCUGCUUCACUCGAUACACGUUUGUUCAACUCCAACGUUGGCUCGUUCAUUUCAGCACUUUUUUAAACAGUAAUUUCCAGUGUGAAUCUGAUAACCAGAUUCACACUCUUAUCCUCCAGCCAGCAGCUUACAAUUGAAGAGCUGUUGCUUCAUCUUUUAAAAACAAAAAAAAACGUGUUGGUGCUGCUGUUGAAAAGGCCUCCUGGCUUUCAGAGACACUCCUCUAUAGCUCCAGUGCUGGUUCACGUGUCUCCCUCUCUCUUCUCACUGCACUCUGUGCUCUCCUCCUCCCUGCGGCCGCACUGAGUCAACAUCACUAGUGAGACAAAUCACAGGAAGCUCCGAAUGUGACGCAGAAAUGGUCAAUGUUUCAAUGUGAGCUAAAUGUGAACUGGAAAGUUGGAAAGUUAACCUGUAAGAAACGUAGAUGGGUAGCUUCUCAGUCUAUUUCAAUACACUGGAUACAUGCCAUAACUGUAAACAAUACACACACACACAAACACACACACACACACAUCGAGCCUCUCUCUCCUGUGUCGGAGCGCACAACCCAACAGCAGAUCGUUUUUGUAAAAAAGGCUCUGUUGUCUUGCUUGCAUGCUGCUUUCUGUUUUCCACUGUACAUAGAUCUUAAUUUAUUGGACAUGAUGUGUAUAUUGGUGAUCAUUGCAGCCCCUCUGACAAUGAUUGAUUUCGUACGUUGCCAUGUUUGCUCCUGGACAAGCAGUAUUUUCUAGGUGACGAGGAGCGUUUUGUCGACCCUGCACUCUUUCAUGUGUAAAUCUGUUGAAAGUGUGUUUGUGUUAAUUAAUUAAUUAAUAUAGAAGGAGAACAACAACAACAAAAAAGAGAAUCCAUAGACAUGGAGAACGUGAUUGGUUGUAUUUAUCGGUGGUCUCCUCUUAUUUCAAGGCGUCGGGGGUUAUGGUUAUAUCCCCGUGUGCUGCAGCUGUAAUCCUGUUUGUACAUCUGUGAAUGUGCAUGAAACUAUUGUGGACCGUUGCGUCUGUUGUUGUGAGCCUCCAUGCAGACAGAAGCACUUGGAGUUAGGGUGCAGGAGCUGAACCCCCCCCCCCCCCCCCCCCAAUCCAGAGCGACGACCCGCACCACACCCACACAACAAGAAACUGUUAAACUGAUCCCAGAUCUGCUCAAGCUUCUCGAUGCUUUCUCAUGAACAGAAACCAGGAACUUCAUGCGCUCGCUGGAAGCUUUUCACGUUGCUUCCCAAAACAUUUUAGUGACAGGGAGACAAAUAAAAUAGAAUAAAAAAAACAGGCUUAUUUUGUACAGUUCUUUUCCAUGAGGUGAUGAUCGUGAUAAACCCUGACAUCCCAUGUUUCCCUUAUCGGCUCAGUUUAGUUUGUACUGCUUGCUGAAACCCCCCCCCAUGACGUUAAAGUGCUCGAUAUGUGUGCAACCUCCCUCUCUUCCUCUCUUCCUCCCUCUCUCCCUCCCUCUCUCCCUCUCUCCCUCCCUCUCUCCCUCUUGAUGUUGUUUGUUCCCUGUCUCUAAUCUAGCUGAACGUGAUAGUAUACAUGUAGUUUGGUAGAUGGAUGUUCCACUUUAAAAAAAAUAUACAGAAAAAAAAGAACAUUGUGGCUAAAUGUGAUUUCAAGAGACCUAAGGAAAGGAAAAUGUCUUACAGUCCGAACCAUCCUCCCCGAGUCCCUUUUACAUGGUAGUUUGUACAUGUCGAGUGUAAAACACUGUUCUAUGAUGGUUUUCCUGAUGGUAUUUGUAUUUCUGUAAACACUUUGGUGAUCCUGUCAUAUCUGGGUUUUAUAAACCACAAUUAUUUUUAAAACUC